AUGGCUGAUGUAAGUUCUUUAAUUGUGAAACAUAAUACUGUAAAGGCUCAUUUUGAUACUAUAUUUAAAUUUGUAGCUUCGGGUCAGAAUGAUAGUAACAUUGAGGCAUUAAAAAGAAGGAAACAGCGUUUAGUAGAACUAUGUCAUCAGUGGAAGACUAAUUAUAUAGAGUUAGAGGUGGCCCAACCUGGAGAGUUUUCGAAAGAGUACUUCGAGUAUUCUGAUAGGUAUUUGGACAUGAUGUCGCAAUUGGAUGCUCUCACAAAUAAUGGUACCCCCUCACCUUCUAGGGCUGUAGAUAGUCAUUCUGUGUUAGACGUUAAGUUACCUGAUAUCACCUUACCAAAAUUUAAUGGUGAUUAUAGUGAGUGGACACAGUUUAUAGAUUUAUAUAAUUCAUUAAUUCACAAUAAUACUAAAUUACCUCCUGUGACUAAGUUGCACUAUUUAAAGGGAGCUCUAAUAUCAUCUGCUGCAAAAUUAAUUUCAUCACUAAGCUUAACUAAUGAAAAUUACAUGGUCGCCUAUGAUCUGUUAUGCAAAACAUAUGAUAAUAAAUUUUUAAUUCUAAAUUCACUUUUGCAGCAGAUUGAUAACAUAGCUCAAGUACACAGAGGUACGCAUGAAUCCUUAGGCAAUUUCUUGUGCACCGCUAGGCAGCAAAUACGUGCUCUUUUAGCAGUGUAUGAGCCAACAAAAUACUGGGAUCUUGUUCUCUUGUAUAUGUUAAACAAGAAAGUAGAUAGCAGCACUAGAAUGGCAUGGAAUUUAGCUAGGAAUGGGAAUGUGCUUCCAACGGUCAAUGAAUUUUUUUCGUUUUUAGAAUCAAGAGUGUGUGCGUUGGAAAACUCUUUCAAAUUAAAAAAUAAGGCUAGUCAGGGAAGUUCCAAAAUGGUGCAUGUUGGAACUGUGAAAAGAGUACCAUCUCCUUGUUGCUGUUGUAAGGGAAAUCAUCCACUAUAUAAAUAUUCGAAAUUUAAACAGUUAGAGGUUACAGGUCGCAAAGAAUUAGUGUCGAAACAUUCCCUCUGUACUCGUUGCUUACUGCCUGCUCAUGAUGUUAAGAAAUGUAGUUUCAAAGAUUCAAAUAGCCUACCCCAUUCUGGCAACAACGUCCUUCUAGCUAGUCACAAUAAUAUUCAAACACUUUUUUCAACAGUUUCCCUUUAUGUCUUUGAUGCAAAUGGCAAAACCCACCAGAUGAGGGCUCUACUGGACAGUGGUUCCCAAAUAAACUUAAUAACCAAUUCAUUAAUACAAAAAUUGAAAUGUCCUACAAUAGCUUCUUUAAGUAAAAUGAAUGUUACAAGGGCAAUCAUGUUUGUUGAUCACAUUACCCAAAAUUUACCGAGUAGUUGCAUAGAUUAUAAGGAUUGGAAAAUACCCAGUUAUGUAGACUUAGCCGAUCCAGAAUUUAAUGUCGCGUUACCUGUAGAAUUAUUAAUAGGGGCUGAGUUAUACUUCGAUAUCUUGCAACAGGGCUGUGUUCGGUUAGGGCAUUGUCUACCAGUACUCAGAAAAAGUCACUUUGGUUGGUUGUUGUCAGGGAUUUAUAAACAGUCGGAUGCUGUAGCUCAUGUUGGCUUUGUUUCGAAUGAAGACCUGCACAAUAACCUAACAAGGUUUUGGCAAAUUGAGGAGGUAUCUUCAAGCAAUGUCACAAUGAAUGGGUCGGAUAAGUUGUGCGAAGAGCAUUUUGUGUCCAAUGUAAGUAGAAAAAAUAAUGGCAUAUUCGAGGUUGCCUUACCCUUUAAAUCAGAUAAGGAGGGCAGCUUAGGAGAAUCAUUUAAUAGGGCAAAAGGUAGAUUGGAAAAUUUAGAAAGACGUUUUACUCGAGACCCAAAACUAGCUAAGGCAUACAAUGAAUUUAUUCAGGAAUAUAUAAGAUUAGGACAUGCAGAGCUUAUUGAUUUGAAGAAUGUUCCAGUAGGGUCAUACUUUAUACCGCAUCAUGCAGUAUUAAAGGAUGGGCGGUAUGAAAAAAUUAGGGUUGUAUUUGAUGCAUCUUGUAAGACAAGUUCUGGCCUAUCUUUAAAUGAGACGUUACAUACUGGAGCUAAACUUCAGCAAGACUUAUUUUCCAUCUUAAUUAGAUUUCGCUUACACCUGUAUGUUUUUUUUGCUGACAUAGUAAAAAUGUAUAGGCAAAUACGAGUUCGGGAAAUAGAUCAGUACUAUCAACUCAUUCUGUGGAGAACAGCACCAGAGAAUGAAAUAGAAGUAUUUAAGCUUACUACUGUUACGUAUGGAACCGCAUGUGCUCCUUUCUUAGCGAUGCGUUGUUUAAAAAUGUUGGCGUCUGAUGAAAAUUUGAUAUACCCUCGAGCUGCUGAAGUCUUAGAUAGGGACUGCUACGUGGAUGAUAUAAUAUAA